AGUUGUCAGAUUAACGGCUAGAUGUUUCUGAUUUUUGUAAGAAUUUUUCUAUUUUCUAUAGUGUCCACCUAGGAUCCUAGGUGGCUUCAUGUGAGGCUUCAAAAGGAGUCUUCAAUUAGUAAUUGUAAGAUUAAGCAACAUGAUUUGUCUAGUUGGCAGCAAUAACACAGCUACACAAGGUUGAGACUUGAGAGCCGGCCUCUUUCUCUUUUUUUUUUUAAAAAAAUAAAUAAAUUGAGAACUACUUUCACCAGGUAGGAGCAUCAGCGUGAGCAUGUAAGAGAGGAAUCUUACUAUAUCUGAGAGAAAUGGAAGAAAAAUUUAGUUAAUGUAUUCAAGGAUGGUUCCAUCCAAUGGGGAGCUUCCUAGGGAACAUCUAGUUCAGCAGGUAGUAGCAGCAGCAGAUGCAUCAAAAGAUGAACUACUCCUAAUUGGCUACCUCUAGCUCCUGCAGCGUUGCUCCAUCCUAUCCAUCGUCUCCUUUUGGUGGGUAUGAGAGAGAGAGAAGCUGCAAAUAAAAUUCCUAGCCUUUUGUAUGAUCAAGUGGCCUAGGGUCCGCUUGUACUGUGCCUCCGCGGGAGAACAGUGCCGUGCGGUGGUGUGCGCUCUCGCCUCAACGUUGAUCCGCCUGGAUCCACGGCCACGUGCCGCGGCCCUGGACGCCAUCAUCGUCGCCAUGCGAGGGCCGCACGGCUUGUCGGCAGAUGUCGAGCGCCUAGGGCAUCCACCAGUCAGCACCGGCCCCGUGCAAAAGAAGGGCGACCCAUUGGAUGCAAUGGCCGCGCCAGCUGCAUGGUCGCCAUAGGCUAUUUGCAACUAGCAGCAGCGGCCGGCCAAAAGGUUAUUCCUGCCUCCUCCUCCUACAGUCCUCCUCGCUCUCGCAUAAAGUUGGCAACCUAGCAUCGGCUUUCACGUAGGUACACUGAUUUCGUCUCACGGAUGGCUUGGGUGUCUCAUCUGUGUAGUGCUAUAUCUGAAACCUGAAGUCCUGAAUGUACAUACGAAUAUAUGUCAAUCAAAACCUAUCUAGGACUGCUGUACAAGGUAUGGCCAACUCUUACUGAAAAAGGUAUGAAUUUUGAUAGCAUUACCGUACUUUGUGAAGUUUAUUUCAAUCUAACUUGUAACGUACCAGCAGAAGCCCUUUGUACGUCAACUAUAUCAAAUCCAUCUCUUUUCAACAAAAUAAAAUUAAUUCGUAUGUACGAAAGCUGAUAUUUUUUCCUAACAAGUUGAAUAUUUGAUAAUGGAGGGACGAAUAAAAUGCAGAGCCGCACGUUCUGCUUUUGAGUUACCAAAUCAUCAACACGCGUGGUGCGGCGGACAACUCCAGUUACCCUACAUUUCAAUAUAGCAUUAUACGCUUUUCGAGAGGAUCGAUAAAGUUUGAUGAAUAAGGCGAAAACCCUCUCUGCACAUCUAUGCAUGUACAUAAAUAGGGCUAUCCCACUCUUCAAAACCGACGAGUAUUGAGAAGACGGUUCGUAUCCAAUACGCGAGGCUAUAUAGCUUGCGAUAGCGCAAGGUAGAUCAUAUACACACCCCAUCAUAUCGAGAUGAGUGAGAAUUUCAAUUUCACUCAUUUUGCCCAACAGAGGCAACCACAAAACCUUUCUAGUGCAUCAGGUUCAACAACCUCCAAGGAUGACAACAGUGAGGCAGGGCACGGCAACCUCCUGCCAAUCGCCAACGUCGGGCGGAUCAUGAAGGAAGUCCUCCCGCCACAGGCUAAGAUAUCGAAGCGCGCCAAGGAGACCAUCCAGGAGUGCGCCACGGAGUUCGUCGGCUUCGUCACCGGAGAGGCCUCCGAGCGGUGCCGCCGGGAGAGGCGGAAGACGAUCAACGGCGACGACAUCUGCCAUGCCAUGAGAAGCCUCGGCCUCGAUCACUACGCCGACGCCAUGCGCAGGUACCUGCAGAGGUACCGGGAGAGCGAGGAGCUCACGGCCGCGCUCAACAGCGGCGGCAUCCAGAUCGACGUGAGGGCUGAGCUAUCGAUCUUCAGGGGCGACGACGAGCAGCGAGACAGAAAUUAACUAGCCGCCAUGCGUGCCUGGAGUUUACUGCUCUUGCAGAAUCAAUAUAAUGCUCUCUCACCUAGCUCUGAUGCGAUGAGAUUGCAAGACCAUGAUGGAGUCGUGUGUUUGUUUUUCUUGUCCAUGUUCCGAUCUCGAUUUCGGUUGUGCUGUAGUACCACCAUGUGUAAUGUUCGUUUCACGCAUCACAAUCGAUGGUUGUGUUAAAGGUGUACAAUUAUUAUUAAUUCCUCAUUCUCGAUCGUUUUGUCAGCUGCAAA